CUGGGCAUUAAGGUUGUAGGUACAGAGCUGUACCACCUACCUAACCUAUCUUACCUUCCAUGCCUUAUUGACUUACGAACUUUCAACUUCACAACUUAUUACAACUUAUUAUAUCAUUAUUAUGAACCUAGAUCCUGUGCCAUCUUUUUUAUAAUACGUGUCUCUUAACGUGACCCAUUUCACACUUAAAACCGCAUCAGGUAUUUAAUAUCAACGGCAACAUCGGAGUGCAAGAUAAAACCUAAUAGCUAUUCUCAAAUCAACAUGUCUUCUUCCCUUCUUCAUCCACCCAGCCAAUUACCCCCUGCUGUGGCCUUAAAGCAUUCACAGCAAGCUCCAGCUAUACUCAAGAAGUCCACCGGUGCUAUCUCAACCUCUCUUCUCCAAUCUCUAGUCUCGGCACCCGAAACACCUGAAUUAUGGACUACAUAUGAGAACCUUCUAUUGUCAUGCCUUCGGACUGGUGAUGACGAGUCAGCCCAUCAAUGUCUAGGAAGGCUGGCGAACAGAUUCGGCAAUGACAACGAACGCAUCAUGGCAUUGAAAGGCCUCCUCAAGGAAGCUGAUGCCAGUGAUGCGGUUACUUUGAAUGCCAUAUUGAAAGAAUAUGAGCAGAUCUUACAAGACAACCCAACCAACAUCCCCAUAUUAAAGCGUCGUGUAGCCCUGCUGCGAUCUAUUGAUCGGACGUCUGAGUCUGUCAGUGCUCUGAUAUCCCUCCUCGAUAUCUCCCCUACGGACGCAGAGGCGUGGGCUGAGCUUGCCGACGUCUAUUUCUCUCAGGGACUAUAUUCUCAAGCCAUCUAUGCACUUGAGGAGGUUCUGAUCCUACAACCAAACUCCUGGAAUAUGCACGCUCGUCUUGGUGAAGUAUUGUUCGUUGCUGCAAAGUCAUCAGACAACGUGGGCCAAUGGGCUGAAGCUCUAAAGCGCUUCAGCCGAAGCAUCGAGCUCUGUGAUGACUAUUUGCGGGGCUACUAUGGUCUGAAAUUGACUACAAAACAACUUCUGGGUGAUUCAUCUAAGGUAUCACAAAGCCGGACAGCUCACGACGGAUUUGCUAUACCUGAUCAGGCGACACUUAGCAAACUUGAUGAGUUGGCUACCGAGAAGCUUGCAGAGAUCGUCCGACGCAAUUCGGCUGGGGAAAAAGGUUGGCAAGGCUACGACGAGGCUGAAAUCAAGGCGGCCAAAGAACUUCUUGAAGGUGAUACAGCUGUAGUUAUCAGAUGAGAAGCCGCUGUCAUGUUCGAAGCACUACACCGGGGAUUUCACUAGUUCCACCACUGCGUUUGCCUUAACUAGCCUUAUUUGCAUGACCGGGUUUCUUGCAGGAGUGCAAGUCAUUGAGUGACGAAUAGGGAGAAGCCCCAUUUGGCUUGUGCAGAAGGGGCAGGAUUGCUAAUUGGCGCCCUAGAUGGAUUUCGUAUGAAGCGGUGGGACUUAGGCAGGCAGACGUGUCCCACUAGUCUGGGUAAUACUGGGUGAUACUGGGCAAUGCCAGUUUGGCCAACAAGUACCUUGCCGGGCGAUUAUUCCUACAGUACAAGUAGCACGUGGCUCCAGUCGCGCAAUCUUGGUUGUCGCGAAUCAGAAAGGCGGCGUUACAAUCGAAUGACUAGGAAUUCAUCAAGUGGUUCGCAUUUCUAGUGCCUUACUAUUCGACAUAUACUAUUAGUCUGGAUGCACUGUAACCAUAUAGGCACCAUAUUAUGAUAUUUGGGCAGCAAAACGCCACAUCGUCGGGCAG